GGUACAGUACAGUACUGCUUAAGUCACUGAAAAGCUAGACAGAGCUAUGUUUUGUUUUUUGUUUUUUUAACUCUUUCUAAACCUCAGACCCUCUGCUAGGAUUUGUUUCCUGCCUGAUUAUCCUGAACUAACUUACAGAUUCUGCUUGGCGUGGAGCAGCUUCUGAAAACGCCCUGCUACUAGCAGUGGGUACUUGGCACCUGGCAGGGAGUAAUGUUGAGUUACCAGUCCUUCUAAUACUGGAAAGACUCCUUUUGACCUUCUCUUAGCUCAGUGAUAGCCAAACUCCAAAGUACCGGAUGCAUAGGGAGGUUCCUUCUCUCACACAAUGACUACACGGUAUUAUUCUCUCUGGAAACAUCUAGGAAAGCUGCUGAUGGUCUUAGAACUAUGUGUUCAAGGCAUCAUGAUAAGUACUUCACCCCCACCCCCUAGAUGCCCCAGUGUCUGCAUCUGCACCUCCGAUCUCUUGAGCUGUACUAGGCAGAAUCUCCAGCAGGUACCUCUAACACUGCCUCCCACAGCAACCACCUUGGAUCUCAGCCACAAUGUCCUCUUCCAGCUUCAUGAUCACUGGCUGGCUUCCCUGCCACGGCUCCAGGCCCUCCGCAUCAGUCACAACCAGAUUAAAGACCUUUUUCCAAAGACCUUCCACAAUGCCACUUACUUGAGACACCUGGACAUAUCCUCCAAUUACUUGCAUGCUGUGGAGAGAUAUUACUUUGAUGUGUUGGUAAACCUGGAAGAGCUUCUAAUUUAUGACAACUGGAUCAUACGGGUAGAUGAAAAAGCCUUUGCCAGGCUAAGCAGCUUGCAGAAGCUCUACUUGAGCUGGAACAACUUAACCAAGUUCCCCUUUCAAUCCAUGCAAGGAUUCAGUCACCCCAAACUCAGGACACUGGACCUCUCCUCCAAUAAUCUGAGCAGCAUUCCCAUUGAUGAGAUUAUGGCUUUGCCCGUGUCCAUUAAAAAUGGCUUGUAUCUCCACAACAACCCAGUGAAGUGUGACUGUGCACUCUAUCAGAUGUUCCAGCAAUGGAAGCAACGAGGCUUCAGCUCCGUGCAGGACUUCCUCGAGGAGCACACAUGCAGGGCCUUUGACAAUGUGGCCCGGUCCUUAGUUAGAUUCCUCAAGUACAGCACAAUUUUUGAGAACUGUUCCUUGAGAAAAGGAUAUCUUGGUGCACCAGAGGUGAAUCUCAGAGUGCUUGUGGAAAAGCCCCUGCUGAUGGACUGUAACACAAGUGUGCAUGACCCCUCUGCCACCUACAUGUGGAUCUCACCUCACCAUGAACCCAUCACACACCCUGGGAACAGUAAUCGUACCCUUGAAGUUUACCACAAUGGGAGUUUAAAGAUCAUAGCAGCCAAGCCAUGGCAUUCUGGGGUAUAUAUAUGCAUAGCUAUAAGCAAGCACUACAACCUCAACAAAUCCCAUGAGGUCAAUGUAACAGUUCACUACCCUAAGCUGGAUGGGGAAUCCUUCAAUACAGGCCUCACCACCCUCCUGGGGUGUGUAGUCAGCCUGGUGCUAGUUUUCAUGUACCUGUACCUCACUCCAUGCUGCUGCUUCAGAUGCUGCAGAAGGUCUGCUACCCUGAGUCCUCCCCAGGAAUGCAGUGCUCAGUCCUCAAUUCUGAGCACCACACCACCAGCCACAGAGGGACCCAGCCGCAAGAUCAGCACCCACAAGCACGUGGUGUUCUUAGAGCCCAUCAAGGAGGUACAAAAUGGCAAGAUCCAACUGGCAGUCAGCGAAGAUUUCCCAGAUACCAAGAACCCCAAAAUCCCGCAGCUCAAGUCAGACUCUGAAUCCAUUGGUUCUAUCUUCUCGGACACCCCCAUCAUGUCAUAGGUAGGGACCUACUGGAUUUGAUGCCGCUGCCCACCGAUUUGACAGGCAGAAUGUGGGACCCCGCAGCCACUUCACAGGUGGAGUGCAGUGGCUCCCCAACACUUCUGAUUGGCCGAGGGCUCCUAAUGGCCCUGCCCCUUGCCACUGGUUGGCUGUGAGGGCUGUCCAUCAUACAACCCUACCCCACCUUGCUGCUGAUUGGUGAAGAGGGGCGGGGCCACAUAACAGGCAGACUUCACAGCCAAUCACUGGCAGGGGGCGGGGGAGAGGCAGCCAUAUCAUGCUAGCAGCCCUUUGAUGGGCAGUCCCCUCUCCCCUUACUUAUUUUUCAUAAAUAUUCUUUUUUUCCCCCUUGCAGAUUUUGCAUGCUUUGCCCACCUCCAUGGGCAAAGCCAGAUUUUGCAAAUCUGCAAAAUCUAUGGUAUCGUGAUUUCAGUAUGUCCCUAGUCAUAGGAGGUAGGAGGCCUGGAAGCAGAGAUGGGUGGCAGUUUUGCAGGAUAUGGAAAUUUGGGGCAUCAGUAGUGGUCCCCACUGCAAGCAGAAGGGGCACAAUGUAGUGUUGGGGUCUCCCACCCAGAAGAGCCCAGCUUUCUUCAGUUAUUAUCCAAGGAUGGACUGUGGUGCAUCUUCAAACUUCAGCUACAUCUAAGAAUCACCACAUUCUUAAACAGAAGGCCAAGAUGAUCUUCUGAGAUCUGCUCAAUCUGUGACUGCAGUCUGAUGGCCCAUGUCUCAAAUCACUGUUUGAACUGAACCAAGUCAUUUUCAGUACAGAUCUAGGUUUUAUUUGAUUAAAUACUUUUUGAAGAA